AUGUUUUCACGCGGCUCUCCGCCGCCGGAGGAGGGAGGUGCCGGGGGUCGGAAGGAACUGGCCGGAGAGCAAGAUCACUUGUCCUGUUCAGACAUCCCCGGCGUGGUCCGAACUUCCCAGUGCCCCAGUGUUUCUCCAAAUGACCACGGCGCCAUGAGACAGCUCUGUGGAGGCCGGGGUCCAUCGGUCCGUCUGUCCAGUGACGACGUCGGGGACGUUUGCAAGGGCGACAGGAAGCCGUUCAAAGGUGUACAGACACCGUGCUUUUCUCGGUCUUCGCUUGAAGCGUCGACAACCAAGCUCGCGAGGGAGGUUGAAAGAGGACUCCCUCUGCAAAGGAAGGAGAGUGAAGAAGAGCCGGAACAGCGGCGCGAGAUACCCGCGCCGCCUCCCCCGUCUUUUCUCUCUUGCGCUGCGCCUUUUCCGCCUGCCUCGCAGGUUGGUGGCCGAAGCGAUUCGCUUCAGAAAGCUUCACGUGUGUCUGCUUCGACGCGCUCGUUCGAGGAAGAGGCGCCGCGCCCUGCCUCAGAAGUCGUGUGUUCGGAGGAUAUGUGGCUGCCGGAGCGCGAUACCGGGAGGGCCGCGCCUCCUUCGUUUGCGAGAGACCAUCAGACUUUGCCUUCCGAGAGUCUGCAGGGCGGCGACAGCCAGCUGCAUGCGCACACGAGACGAGACGGAGGGAAGGGGAGCCAUGGCGCUUCCAUUUCCCGCAUCGACUCUCUCGUUGCCGGGAUGAAUGAGGAGGAAUGGACAGGGGUGACCUUCCACGUCGAUGACGCGCAGAAAAGAAAUCCUUGCUUCCUGCUGCAAGGACUUGUCGACGCACUCGCACCACGGGAGCAACAAAUCUCCGUCCACGUCGCUGAACAGAUUCCCGCCCUCGAGUCCGUGACCUUGCGGUUUGCAACGAACCGGGCGAAGCUGCGCUUCAGCGAGCUUUUUCUGCGGGGUUUGAAGGCGCGGAAGCAGUCCUCUUCUUGGUCGUUUUUGAUUCCCGGCGUCAUUAAUCCCCAGACGGGCUUUAUUCUCGCUUCGGGAUCGCCUUUCCACUGGCCUCUCGGCCUCGCGGGCGCCAUCGUGGAGGCGGAAGAACGCGCCGAGCGCGCUGCAGCCUUCCACGCCUGUCAGCACCACCCACCGCGGCACGCCUGUGCGUCCCUGUCCUCUCCCGUGUCUUCCGCUGGAGAAAGAGGCGAGGGAGGAGACACGCCGGAAGGAAGAAGUCCGCCGUCCGCCGUUGCUCACCGCACCAGUAGUCCUGGAACGGGCGGCAACAGCCGAAACACAGUUGAAUGCAAGUGUCUCUGUCACGGCGCAGAGCGGCGUUGCGGAAAUCAAGACACGACGCCGAGACAGUCGUCGAGUUGCGGCGCGAAGGGGGCGGGAGGAUACGGGGCAGAAACGCAAACGGCAAAUGCGAACGGCGAGUCUUCUGCGCGCUCACUGGUCUCCUGUUCGCCGUCGUAUCUCACGGGAUCUUGUCGGAAUGUUGCCACGAAACCGAUGGAGGCUUUCAGCCCGUGCGCCGACGCUUCUCCUUCGGGGCCUAGGCCAGCGCUGUGUCCCUGCGGGCACUCCGACGCGUCCUUCGCGUCUCGGCCUUUCGCUGGUUCGGCCUCGUCGCCGUGGUCUGCCCUCGUGUCUCCGGUCGGAUGCAGCCACGCGGAUCCAGGCUCCGACUUCGCCUUGAUCUCCUUCGUGUUCUCUUCCGGCCCGAAGGACAGCGGACCGUCCCCCAGGUCGGAGACGGCGCAGGACGGUCAGCGCCGGUGCAUGCAUCGAGGCAGUGACACGCCGUCCUGCGUCAGCAGCACGUGGAGCCAUACGAGCAAUUCAGUUGAGGACGCUUCGGCCGAAGAAGCCUUUCCGCUGGAUUCACGCGACCAAGUUGUCUCAACGCCGAGUCAAACAGGCGCGAAGAACAGCCCCUGCGGCGUUCCCGGCGGGCCGUGGCUGGCACCGAGGCGGCGGCGGAGAGACCGAGACGAGGAGCGACGAGGCGCGCGCGCGGCCGCUGGACAGCCCGAGGAAGCCAAAGCAGAAGGCUCACCAGCCGCGCAGGGAGACGCCGCGCCGCAUGAAGCUGUUUCGGCGGAGCGGGUGAACGGGGCAGGUGAAUCGGGGCGAGACAACGGGGAGAAAAGCGCGAGGGAAAGACCAGGCCGAAACGGGAGAACUCGGCGAAAAACCAAACCGCCCAUCACCAUCAAGUCCUAUGUCGUCUCCAGUGACACGUGGCAACUCGGAUGCAUCGAGUAUGGGAGUCACUGCAUGCCUGGACAGCGCGCUUACAACGAGGACCGCGUUUGCGUCGUUCCCGCAGUCGAUGUUUGCACGCGGGAAGGAUGCUGCAAAGCACACACCAAGGCCAUGUUUUAUGCCGUGUACGACGGUCACAACGGCGAGGAAGCCGUCAAUUACGUUCAGGAGCAUCUCCACAAAAACAUCUUUCGCUCUCGCGCCUUCCACGGGGACGUGUCGAAGGCGAUCCGCGCAGGCUUUCUCGCCACAGACAACGCUCUGCGCGCGAUGGUUAUGGAGAAAAUCCGGGGCGAGGGUUAUGACGACCAGGACAUCUCCCCCUUCUCAAGCGGCACGACGGCCUGCACGGCGGUGGUCCGGGAUAUGCAACUCUACAUUGGGAACCUUGGAGAUAGCCGAUGUGUCGUGUCCCGCGCGGGUCGGUCGCAUCUUAUCACCGUGGACCACUCUUGCCGCACGAACGCGGAUGAGCAACAACGUGUGCGAGAAGAUGGCGGGCACUACGACACCGACGGCUACCUCAACGGCGCCAUCGGUGUGUCGCGGGCGUUCGGCGCCUUCGACAAAAACUGUGGACAGAAACUCUCUGGGUUGACGUGCGAACCCCAGAUCCACAAAGAAACUCUCCGAAGAGAGGACGAAUUCAUGAUCAUCGCGUGCGACGGCGUGUUCGACGUGAUCAGCUGUCAGGAGGCUGUGAAUUGCGUGAGGAAGCAUCUGAGAGGCGGCGGGACGGCCGAGACGGCGGCGCAGACUUUGUGCAAGUUCGCGUUCGAGCGACGGUCUCUCGACAACCUCUCGGCGGUUAUCGCUGUCUUCCAGUCCCCCGAGCGUCUCCAAAAUAAAGACAAAAAACCCGAUGGGAGCCCGACCGCCGCAGACGCCGCUUCAAAAGAAAAUUCGGCCGCAGCAGGGGCCAGUCCCGGCUCUGCGCGUCCCCCCUCGGGUGCUCCCGUUGGAGCCUCAGCUGGCGACCGCACUGGAGGUGUCUCCGGUGGAGCCUCAGCAGCUGCAGGCGGCUCAGCGGACGGGGCGUGCGCUCCGGGCGAAGGUCCGCCUCGAAGGCGGAUCAACUUCGCCGCCCUGAAGGGGUUGUUAUAA